UAUAAACAUAACCUGACAACUGAGAAGAGAAAAUUAUCUGAGUUGUGUUAUUAACAGAUUAAAACAAAACUUGGUAAAGAAAAAUUAAUAUUCAUUAUGAAUAUUUUACCAAAAAAGAGGUGGCAUGUUCGUACUAAAGAAAACAUUGCAAGAGUCCGAAGAGAUGAAGCCAAUGCAGCAGAGGAAGAAAAGAAAAAACAGGAGAGACUAAAAAUUGCUGAAAGAGAAGCAAGAACUGAACUUCUUCGAUUGAAAGCCAAAACAAAUUUAAAAAGUGAAGAUUUUAUUCCAAUAUCAAAAAAUGUAGAGAUUUGUAAUGAGGAAACAGGUCACAUUAAUUUCUUUAAAGAGGCAGAAGAAGGUAGAGCAGAAUCGAAUGAAAUUAACAAAGAGCAUGAGAAAGAGAAGAAAGAGGAACAAGAAAAAUAUGAAAAACAAAUAGGAUAUUUGACAUAUUUAGGCCAGGACACAAAUGAAGCUUUAAAAAAAAGAAGUUGGUAUGAUAUACUUCCAGAUAGAGAAAGCAAAGAUAGUAGCGAAGUAAAUAUGAAAAGCAAAACUUUAGAGGAUCCUCUAAAUAUAAUGAAGAAAUAUUUAGAAAAGCCAAAGGCUGAUGAUAAAAAUAAAGUACAUGAUAUUCAGUAUUUAUCCCUUCUAAGUACUAUGAUCCAAAACUCUACUUCAAAAAGUAUACAUUCAGUUAAGGAAAGGAAAAGACAUCGAAGUUCAAGUAAUAGUAGCAAUACUACACAUAAAAAGAAAACUAAAAAGCACAAAAAAGGAAGGAGAAAGCAUCAUUCCCAUUCCACGUCUGAAGACUCUAUUGAUGAUGAAGAAAAGGAAAUUAAAAAACAAAAGUUAGAACAAUUAAGAAUUGAACGAUUAAAACGUGAAACAGAAGAAAGGAAAAAAGCAGAAGAAUUGCUGAACAAAUUGAGUGGCAAAGACAAAACAGUUGAAAAUAAUCUGCAACCAAAACAGAAAUACAACUCACAAUAUAAUCCAUACAUAGCCAAACAAAAUUUUAUGCAACAACAUAAAGAAGUAAGAUAAAUGUAUGUAAUAGUCUGAAUAAGUAUAAAGAAUGUUCACUUUACAAUGAUCUAGUCAUUUGUUUAUUUAAAGAUGUAUACUUGAUAAAGUAAAUUUGAGAAAAGCUUAAAAAAAAUGUAAAGAACUCAAUUUAAAAUGCAAUUAUAUUUGACAAAUUUAAUUAUGAAAAUUACGUACUUAGGUAUCUUUUAUUGAAUAAAUAGUAAAAAUUGUUCCGCAUUAAAGUACCCAUCUACCAUAAAGUAAACAAACAAUUAGA